AUGGACGACCGCACCGUGGACCUGAUCUUCGCGGGCUCCCUGAAGUCCCUGCCGCCCGUCAGCUCGAAGAUUGUCAGAAUAUUCACCAGUUCUACUUUCACAGACACAACGAUGGAAAGGAAUACUUUGAUGGCGAAGUGUUAUCCAAGGAUAAAGGACUACUGUCGGGAAAAACAUGGUCUUGAGUUUCAGGUAGUAGACAUGCGUUGGGGGGUGCGUGAUGAAGCCACAGACGAUCACAUGACCACUGAAUUAUGUAUGCGAGAGAUAAAGAAUUGCCAGCGUCUCUCUAUGGGACCCAAUUUCGUUGUGUUUUUGGGGCAAAAGUAUGGCUAUAGACCAAUACCAACGUACGUACUAUCCUCUGAACUUCAAAUGCUACGAGAUGAGUUAGCGGCCGGAGGUGUAGAUGUAAUUCUACUCGAUACUUGGUACAAAAAGGACUCGAACGCGGUACCACCCGUAUCUGUGUUGCAGCCUAUAUCCUCUAUAUUGAUUAAUUUUAAUAACAAGCGAGUUCCCAAACUACAAGCAGAAGACCAAGCAGUAUGGUGGGACACUCUUGGGAAAAUGCAGAAAUUGUUCAGAAAAGCUUCCUUACAACUUUAUAACGCUGGCAAAAUUGAUAAGGACACUAUGCAUAAUUAUUUUAUGUCGGUAACCGAAAGAGAGGUAAUCAACGGUAUACUAAACGUAAAGAACACAAAGAACCACUGUUUAGCUUACGUCAGAUACAUAAACAAUAUAAACUUGCAAAAUCUAAAAAAGGCCAGCAAUUUCGUAGAUAUUCUAAACAGAAGUUUGGACGCAGAAGCGUCGAAGCUUCUCGCUGAUUUACGUGAUGUUAGAUUGCCUGAGAAGAUUGAAACUACUAAUAUACAGAAAUACACGGUAGAAUGGAUCGGCCGCGAGGGCUUGGACAAUGAAACCCACGGGGAAUACCUUAAUCAUUUCAUUGCGCAUUUUUAUAAGAAUAUCAUCAAACUCGUUGACAGAGCAAUGCGUAAAGAAGACAGUAGUGCCCAGGGUCAGAUAGUCACAGAAAUACUACAACAUUUGCACGCUUGUAACAAUUCGGUUAAAGUGUUCCAUGGGAGGGAAGACGAUUUGCAAUUUAUUGAGGAUUACAUGAAGAACGAUUCGGACAAACCACUGGUUUUGUAUGGAGAAGGUGGUUGCGGUAAGACCAGCUUACUCGCAAAAAGCUCCGCCAUGUCCCUGAACAGCUGGUUCGCAGAGGUCCGACCGACCAACGUUAUUCGGUUUCUGGGCACAACACCAGACUCUAGUGCUCUGACACCUACACUUAUAUCUAUUUGUCAACAGAUAUCCUACAACUUCGCGCUCCCAUUCGAGACCAUUCCAGACGACUUAGUACCUUUAACAGCACAUUUCAAGCAACUCCUAACAAUGGCCACACUCCAGCAGCCAUUGCUUCUAUUCCUAGAUUCCGUGGACCAGCUCACUGGUAUUGGCACUGAGAAUAAUAAGGUCUCCUGGUUACCGACCAGAUUGCCACCUCAUUGUAAGAUAAUAGUAACAUGUGCGUGCGAAGAAACCAAUCCCGAAGUAUCGAAGGAAUACGACGUGCUCCGGCGCAUGAUCGAUUCGGAAGAGAAUUUUCUGGAAGUCAAGGCUCUGGGUGAAGAUCUUGCUAUGCAAGUUUUAAAACUGUGGAUGGCAGCAGCAGCCAGAGAUCUGUCCAACUAUCAAUGGCGGCUCGUCUCUAACGCGAUUGGACAAUGCUCCUUGCCCAUAUUCGUUAAAUUGGUUUUUGCUGAGGUGUGCAGAUGGCGAAGUUACACCAAACCUCAAGACACGCAUCUAGCAUCAACCGUUAUGGACUCUAUUAUGAUGCUCUUUGAACGGAUUGAGAAACAGCAUGGUCGUCUCCUAGUAUUCCACGCACUAGCCUACAUCACAGCAGCCCGCAGUGGUCUCUCGGAGACAGAGCUCGAAGAUCUCAUCUCGUUAGAUGAUCGAGUGCUGGAUGAUGUGUACCAGUAUCACUUGCCGCCUGUGAGGAGGAUUCCACCUUUGUUGUGGACUAGGAUCCGCAACGACCUUCCCAACUACCUUUCCGAACGGGAAGCAGACGGGGUUUCCGUGAUGAACUGGUAUCACAGACAAUUCCGGGAUACAGCCAGGGAAAGAUACUUCAAGAACAUGAACAUGGCCAUGUACUUCCAUUCUAUGAUCGCGGAUUAUUAUCUAGGAAUAUGGGGAGGUGGAAUACCAAAACCCUUCAAAUAUACAGAAAUCCAACGACACAGAUUUAAUCUAGCUGAUAAGGAAGGUGUCGCUGAUAGGAAGGUGCCCUUACAGCCGCUAGUGUUUACGUCAGCUGAUGGAUCCAGCAAGAGAUACAAUUUGAGAAAGUUCGGAGAACUGCCCUUCCACCUGGUCCGUUCCAAGCGUUUCACCGACCUAUACGCAGAAGUGCUGUUCAACUACGAGUGGCUUCACGCCAAGCUCAACUGCUGCCCGUUACAAGCUGUGCUCGCUGACUUCGAAGACGCCAAGCUGCAUGUUAAUAAGGAUGCUGUUAGGGAACUAAUGCUAGUAGCUGACGCACUCCGCCUAGGGGGAGCUAUACUAGGCACACACCCGGACAUGCUCGCCCCACAGCUCGUGGGCAGAUUGCUGCCUGAAGCGGGAAGCAAUCCCGCUGUCUCUUCGUUGUUGAAGCAGUGCCAUGAUAAGGGCAAGAACCACUGCGCCUUGCUGCCGUCACACCAUUGCUUGCAUACCCCGGGGGGGCCUUUGAAGUACUCUCUGGAAGGCCAUCAAUUCGCAGUAUUCGCGUUCCGCCUGAGCUCCGACAAGCGCCAUGUUGUAUCGCUCUCAAGUCGUGUGAUCUCUUGGGACCUCGCCACUUCGGACCUCGCCCGGGACCUCAGCCCGCAGCUCGAGGGCAUCAUGCAGAACUUGGAACUGUCCCCGGAUAAUAAGUGGGCUGCUGCGUCUACUAAUAACUCUGUGUCCAUUUUGCUGAAUAUGCUAACAAGUGAAUACAUUACAAUCGAUAAUCCACUGGAUGAAGGUGAAACAGUCCGUGGAGUGUAUGUCCUAAAUCACCACAUGAUGAUAUACGGACCUCGUUCAUGGGUUCAGUACAGCACUCGCGGUGAACACGAGUAUACGGGGUUCGCACCCAGUGUGGAACCGUAUGAUGAUGUGGAGUGGGAGAUAUUGUCAAUGGAUUUCCGCGACCUCGAGAACAUAGUGCUCGUAAUGUGGAGCGGAGACCUGGACGACGACAGACUUCUGGUGCAGUUCUGCAGGUCCAGCUCUUGGAUGAAACCAUUGAGAUGUAGAGGUGCUGUUAGCUUGAACAAGGCCUGGAGUAGGGUGUACUCUAGUGACCCGGAAAGGGGGUAUCAGAUAUCAGCAUAUGAAUUAAACGAAGAAGAACAAUCGUGGGUAAAAGUGGAAGAGUUACAUCAUCAAGAGACGGAUACUGCUGAAGCUAUGUUACAGUUGAAACGAGGGAAAAAAGAUAGGAUGUUAUUAGCCACAACGACGUAUAGCUUUGUGGUUUGGGAUUUUAAUAAUUAUAUUCCAAGAGGUAAUCACGUCAAAGAUACACCCAAAAAUAAAGAUGAGAAGGCUGAUAAAGAAGAAAUAGAAGAAGAAGAAAAAACGGAUGAACCAGAAAAAGAUCUACGUUUAGAAGGGAUAGUGUUAAAACUUCCACAUACAAUACGGAAUAUAUCUACCAAAAUGACGCAAUCGAAUUCGUUUAUGAUUAGCAAAAAUUAUAAAUAUGCGGUUGCCGGAGUAAGAAAGAAUCUCUACGUUUGGAGCUUAGAAACAACUAAGCUUAUAAAAAUACUAGAUGCUCAUUUUGGUAGAAUUGUUCAAUUGGAACCUUUGACUGUGGGCGCUUGGAAUAAUGUUAUAACAUCAUCGAUUGAUAGAACUGUGAAGAUAUGGAAUAUUGAUAAUAUAUUCGAACAAGUUCAUAAAAUAGAUAGACAGGAACUGCCUAUUGAUUCUGUAAGCUUGGCCCGUGACAAGCCGCUAGCGGUCACAGUGACCCGCAGCUGCUGGGGUCUGUGGGACACUCGGACGGGACGACUUCUUGCACAGUUGGCUGAUGCCCCACUAGGGGCCAUAGUGACCCAUGCGGUCAUAACCCCUAGUGGGGACCAUGUUGUUACGGCGGAGUCGGGGAAUGUGGUUAUGUGGGAUGUGGUUGAUCAGCAGGUGAUUUUCAAAGAAGAACAGAAAGGUGUUAAGCAACUACUCCUUUUAGAAGAUGGAACCAAACUUUUGACGAUAUCGAUGAAAGUGCCAACAGAUAACGUGGACAAUGUUGCUAUAGCACAUAUUGUGGCUAGAACUAUUCCAGACGGUGAAAAGAUCUACACAGUGGAAUACGAAGUGCGCGGUACGGGAUACAAAGCGGCUGUUGUAUCAGCAGAUGAACAUCAUAUAGUAGCUCCAGGAUUGGAUAAAUCCUCUAGAGAGUGUCUACACGUGUUCCAUGCUAGGACUGGCGCUAGGAUACAUAGGAUCCCGAUAAAGAACAGCGGUAUCAAGGACAUGCAAUCAGUAGUAGCUCUCCCACACAAGCCUCACUGGGUCGGCGUUAUUGGCAACGAUAAAGCGGGCAUACUUGAUAUAAAGACUAAACGACAUGUCAGAUUCGUGCCACGUUGGAACGGAGCAGUAACCCGUUCAGGUCGCUGCGGUCUAAGCGCUCCCCCACGUGGGGGUCUAGACCUCAUAGAACUCAAACGCGGUACUCCAGUACAUCAACUUAUAUCUCGAGCUGCUGAGGGAGUCUUCUCCAUCAUCACUAUGUUCAGUUCCAAUGAUGAAUAUGUCUUCUAUUAUCAUAGUGGACGGAAGACGUUGCGGGUUUUCAGGACAGUGGACGGCAAGGCUAUAGCGGAGUACCGCGCGCCGGCCGAGCUCACGGGCGUCGCCAGCGCGCACCGCGGGGCCGCAGUCGCGCUCGCGGCGCAGGACGGCUGCCUCACUAUACUUAAUAUUGUCGAUCCCUAUAAAUAA